CAACACAGCACAUGCUGCCCCCUGCAGGCUGGCUACACAAACCACACAUGACUGACCCCUCCAUCAGAGACAUGCAACUCCAACCACUCCUAAAAAACAUACAAAGCAACAUGGAUUCCUCUAAGUCCUUACAACAGAGGCCAGCUGGCUACCUGACUGAUAUCCAGUGUAACCGUGGUGACCUCCAUCCACACUCAUCACAGGGACUGAAGAGAAACUCAGGCACUGAACAUCUGAAGGGACUUCAAAAUGGCAGCUUCCCGGUUGUUAGGCACCUCCUACCACAAACCCACUACCGGAGGUCUCGCUCCAAUACUACACAGGAUUCAUGUGGUGGAUACAGCUGUUUCAACGUGGUGAAACCUUACCAGGCUGGAUACUACAUAAUUCAUCCAGAAUUUGUGUCUGAGUGCCUAUGCUGAAAGUUUAACCACAUGUUCAAUAAA